UUCACACUGAUGGCCGGUGACAGCGGAGCUGAGAGCGGCGGAUCGCAGCGGAAUUCUCCGGGUUUCUCCGCGUUUAGAGGAUAAAAACAGACUUUCCCGCUACAGACAGGAGGAUCUCUGCUGCUGAUCUUCUUCAUGUCAGGAUGCUGGACGUGUGGCUGAAGCAGAGCGGACUCCUGGACUGAUGGCGGCGUUAGCCGUGCUGCGGCACGUCGGCAGCAGUCCUGUGCUGUGGGGCUGGGGGCCAGUUCUCUUCGUCCUGCUGGGCUCAGUGUUGGUGCUGCUGCUCCCCCUGGUUGGAGUGGAGGAUCAGUGCUGUGCCACGCUCAAGGGCAUCUCCCUGCUGCGCUGUCAGCUAUGGGGCAAUACGCAUCGGCCCGUGGGGCACUCCACCAGCCUCACCGUGCCCUUCACUGCCCUCGAGCUCCUGCCUCAGAGGCCCAAGCCCAGUAAAGAGUCUCAGUUGGAGGCGAAGGCAGCUCUCCAGCAGGCCCUAGAGAUGAAGAAACAGGGUAAGAGGGAGAAGGCUCACAAACUGCUCAUCCACGCCCUCAACAUGAACCCUGACUAUGUUGAUGCCCUGACGGAGCUGGGGACCAUUUUAGAAGAGGAGAAGGACGUGGUCCAGGCCGACCACCUCUACAGCAAGGCACUCGCUCUUUCACCCUGCAACCAGAGGGCGCUGGUGAGCCGGGACCGCACGCUCCCUCUGGUGGAGGAAAUCGAUCAGCGACACUUUGGGAUCAUUGACGGGAAAGUGCGGCGCCUCAUGUCCAUCCCCAAGGGCAACUCGGCACUGCGGCGGAUCAUGGAGGAGACUUACUACCAUCACAUCUAUCACACUGUGGCCAUCGAGGGCAACACCCUGACGCUGUCCGAGAUCCGCCACAUCAUCGAGACGCGCUACGCCGUGCCGGGCAAGAGCCUCCAGGAGCAGAACGAGGCCAUCGGCGUCGAUGCAGCUAUGAAGUACAUCAACACCACUCUUCUAUCCCAGACUGGUGCUAUCACCAUCAACGACAUCCUGGAGAUCCACCGUCGCGUGCUGGGAUACGCCGACCCCGUGGAGGCGGGACGCUUCAGGACUAACCAGGUAUUCGUAGGACAUCACAUUCCACCCCAUCCGAACGACCUGGACCGCCACAUGCAGGAGCUGCUGCAGUGGUUGAACUCUGAGGAUGCGCUCCACCUCCACCCGGUGGAGUUCGCAGCCCUGGCGCACUACAAGCUUGUGUACGUGCACCCGUUCGUGGACGGUAACGGACGGACUUCACGUCUCCUGAUGAACCUGGUGCUGAUGCAGGCCAGAUACCCUCCCAUCACCAUCCGCAAGGAGCAGAGGGCGGAGUAUUACGCUGCCCUGGACACGGCAAACGAGGGCGACGUCAGACCUUUCAUACGCUUCAUCGCAAAGUGCACGGAGAUGACCCUGGACACGCUGCUCAUCGCCACCACCGAGCACGCGGUCGGACUUCCCGGGGCGAGCAGCCAUGCCUGUCCUAACUGUAAGCAGACCAUACCUGCACAUAACUGAAGGUGGUUACUCGGGUCUCCGAAAGUGUCUGGUCGUGUCUUCAUUCUGUAGUCGCUGUCCUACCCAUACUAGGAGUUUAAUUUUCUCUAUGAGAAAAAAAGAAUGGCGUUUUCCUAAAAAUUAAUUGUAAGUUGUCGAUAAUGGAAGGAAUCAUUUUUUUCUAAUAAAAUCAUAUUAGUAAAUCAACAAAAUAUCACAACAAACUAAAGUAAAUGUUGGUUUACUUACUUUAAAACUGUAUUAAAAUUACGUAUAGGAAAAAUAUUAAUAAUAAUAAUAAUAAUAGGAAUUGUAGUCUCAAUAGGCCUGCCACGAUAUAAUUUUUUUAUUAUUCAGAAAUUAUUGCAAUAAACAAUAUUAUUGUCAUAUUAAGACCAUUAAAAGCUAUUUUCAUAAUGAUCAAAUUAAUUAAUUAUAAUGUGGAAAAUCUGGUUUUGGUCUGGUAUUGCAUGACUGGUGAAAGUUCUAUAGGCCUAUUCUUAUGAAACAGGCAUUUUAUGUGACAAAGGACUUUUUAUAGUGAUUUUUUUUUACGCUGUUCUCAAAGUAUAAAGCUUAUUAAUUAGAAUUAAAUGCAUAAAUAUAUAUUACCUGAAUACAGAUGUUUAAACAAGUGUCCAAAUAUUCCAUUCUUUUUUUGUUGUUGUUGUUAUGGUAAAAAAAAAUAAAGCCUAAAUACGACUUUAUUAUUAUUCUUAUUUAUGAUUUUAUAUAGCUAUUAGCAUGGAAGUGGCAGUGUUGAUCUUUUAAUCCUUAAUGACCUAAAAUUCAGAAAGUAUACAAAGAAUGAUCUAUCAAGUAUGUUAAAGUUCUUCUUUUAACAAAUCACAAUGAAAUGAAAAUUCAAAACGCCAUUUAUUUUUCCCAUUUAGAAAUUCAAUACUAAUAUUAUGGCCGUGAUCCAGAAUGAUGCACACCUUCAGUCUAAAGGUUCUAUCAGUUCUGUAGUUUUAGGAAAGUGGACCAUGUUCUAACAAGCAGACUUGCAGGUCCAGGUUGCUUUUGUUUCCAACCCAUCAGAGCUCAAUAAUGGAGCUUAAUUAUCUGAUUAAAGUCUUUAUUUAGUCAGAUGAGUUCGAUGUUAAAUCUUUUUCUUUUCUUUUUCUUUAAGAGUCAAAAGUCUGAUUCGGUACUUUAUGGAUAAAAUAUAAGGGACCACUGUUUUGCAUAUAAUACAGUGCUUCUCACACUGGUCCAGUACACCGAUAUAAAUAUAAAUAUGGAUGUGGAGUUCCUGAGACCAGUUUGAGAAUCACUGGGAUAUGUUAAUAAAAUGCGCACAAAUCGUUCAAAAGGCCAAAACGAGUUCAGCUGCCGCCGAAGCAGCUCUGUUGAGCCAGAGAUCAGAAUAAUGCAGCCAGCUAAUCUCUGCAGGAUCACACCUUUCAUUAAUAACACUUUAAAUUAAGGGUGCAUUAUGGCAGAAUGUUACAAAAAGUGUGAUUAAUAAUGUCUUAACUAAUUAAACUUAACAAGUUUAAUAGUCUUAACUAAUGUCAGUUAAUAAUUAGUUGAGAUAUUACUUAAUCAUUACAAUUUUGUAUUUAUUACUGUCGUAAGUGCUGUUUUUACUGACCCUUAAAGUAAACUGUUACCAGUUUAAGGUAAUUCUAAAUCAUCCUUAUUGUCUUGUGCAGCUCUUUCCAAAUCCUGGUCUUGCAGCUUCCUUAGCCUGGAAAGAGCACAAUUGGCCUUGCUCUCUCUCUGGGGGGGUAGAUGGAGCUCUUUCCCCUCAUCACUAUUAGGGUGAUGUAGAUCAGCGCAAGGCGUCCACCACCAUGUGUUCCUAUCAUGAUGGUGUCCCUAAUUUCUGAAGGAAGUGCAAAACCAGCGUUCCAGACAAAUGCAAGAUAUGCGAGGCAGCAAUCAUGCGUACAUGAACGUGUUUUCAUAUUGUCUGAUUGUCAAGUUCAUUUACAGUACCAGUCAAAAAUUUGAACACAUCAGAACUAUGAAGGAAUGCAUAUCGUCGCUGUCCUAUGAAAAACACUUAUCUCCAUUUUUGUCGAUUUUCAGUUUAGUACAUAAUUUGAACAGACAAACUGUCUUUUACACUGUGUCAAAAUUUCUUGAUGAACGGACCAAUAGAAACUCUUCAAAAUUACCUGAAAUAAACUGGUUUUACAUUGACUUCCAUUGAAAGUUUACAAGGUUUUUUCCCUCUCCUGUAAAGUUGCUGUUUUGGAGAUAAGUGUUUUUCAUUGGACAGCGACGAUAUGCAAUUAUAAAAAAUAUAUAUAUAUGUUUUAUAUUAGGGGUGGGCGAUAUGGCUCUAAAAUAAUAUCACGAUAUUUCAGGGUAUUUUUGCGAUAACAAUAUACUUGGCAAUAUAGGAAAACUAAAAUAAUUCAUUCAUUUCAGGAAUAUAGUAUAAUAGUAUAACAGUAUAAUCAUAAUGUGGCAAAAUAAAUAAUAUAGCAUAAAAUAAUAUAAUGCAGCACAAAUAUUGCAGAAUAUUUAGUUCAUGCAUAUAAACUGCAAACUAAAACAAUUAUACAAUAAAUACACCUAAAGCUUCACAAUAAAUAAUAGACUACUUUAAAGACAGAACAGCCCUAUUAUCACGACAUGGAUUUUUAAUAUCAUGAUAUUUCUGUGUCACGAAAUAUUGUAUACGAUAUAAAAUUCCCAAACCUAUUUUAUAUUUAUAUUCUGGAAAGUAGCCCCUGUUGCCUACUUUUGGCUGAUUCUCUCAGAUGCUUCUUAAAGUAGAACCUGGAAUGUUUCUCCAAUUGUCUUUAAGAAGUUCUAGAGGUGAAGAGCUCAUGUUUAACUGCUGCUUCUGCGCUCCAACUCAUCCCAAACCACCUGGGUUGGGUUUUUAUACCAUGUGUUUGUGAAAGACAAAUUUGUUUGUAAGUCUGUAAUAUGAAUCUACAAUGCAGUAAAUAAUAGAAAUAAUGAACGGAUAAUAAUGAGAAUGUGUGUCCAAACUUUUGACUGGUACUGUGUAUGGGCUGAUUGAAAAAACUGUCUGAUAUUUAAUUUGGAAAUGUCCAUCACAGUUUGUCUCUUGCACCAAAAGAAAACUGUUCACUGUUCGCUGCCUAAUAUGUUUGUGUAUGCCUCCCCAUUUAAAGUGAUGAUUGGAGUCAUAUAAUCAAUAGUAUUCCCUCCAGCUGUAAACUGGUUUUAAUGUUAUGGCUGUUCAAUGUUGGUUGAACAAGCCCCUUUUUAAUGAAACAUUAUUUUUUGUUAUAGCCUAUAUUUUUCCACUCACCUCUGAUCAAAGUAAAGUAGUGUUUAUCAUUUUUAAUGUUUGGUUCAGUGUUGCUCAUGCCUGACUGCUACAAACAGGUUUGUCUGUUGUCUUGUCUUUACAAAAGAAAUGUAUUUUUUUUCUUUAAAAGAAGAAAUCAGAUAUCACCACUGAAGUCUGUGAAUUAAAUUCUAUUAGCCGAAUGCAUACCCCAAUGCAAGCUAAAUUCAAUAUAUUUCUAUAUUGGCUUCUGUUUAACCCCAUUACUUCCUUUAAGUUGAAACAUCUGCAUAACAUUUUAAAUGUAAAUGUAAAGAAUUUCAUUCAGAGAGGACCCUUUCUACAGAAACAGAAAGUGUGUCGUACCUGAGUUGACAGCAUUACAGUUAAACAUUACCCUGAUGUUUACUCUAUUACAAAACAUUUACAAAAUAAUUGUAAUUUUAUCUAAAUACUUAGCAGUUUACGACAACUUGACAGCAUUUAUACACCAGUUUUUAUCACGAAUCCAGCAUAAAUAUGUCCCACCUUUUGUGUGUGAAGUUAUUAUUGUUAUGCUGAGUGCCAUGUGAACUCAGAUGUUGGAUUUUACUCGUUCCAACUCUUCUACCAGUUUAACUCCUUAGACUCCUACAGGUCCUACACCUACAGAGCCUCACCAACCCAGAGUUCAGAAUCCACUACAUCAACAGAAGAAGAAUUAACAGUACAAAACAGUUUAUGAUCAUUUCUAUCUAUUAGUGUCUCAUUAAAUCAAUUAUAAACACAGUUCUGUUUAGCUUCUGUUUUGGACAUGUUUUAAUGGUGUUUGGUUGGUUGGAGCCACUGGUAUCACUAGCACUCUUAGCAAUACCAGUUGAUGAAUAUUUCCAUUAUACACAAUAGAAACAUGUCCACCAGUAAAAGAUGGAGAGUACUGUGCAUAGGACUAGUUUAACCCUCCUGUUAUGUUCAUUUAUCAGGAACAGUAAUGAUGUUCCUGAGUCAGUUUGAUCCAGUGCAUCUUUAAUUAUCUGAAAAAAAAAAGAAAAUCCAAAUAAACAGUGUGAAUAUUUAAUUAUUAACUCCAUUACUAAUUAUUCUAUCAGUAUUUAGUGCAGUGCUGUUCCUUACCUCUAACAGAUAAUGGGAUAAUUCACUUCAGUUGGGAUAAUUCACUCUUUUUUUUUUUUUUUUUUUUUUAAUACAUGUUCAAACUUUUUUUUAAUGUUUCACUACUUUUAACAUUACUUUAAAUAGACCAACAUAUAAAACACAAUAGUUUUACAUGAACAUUACUUAAAACAUAACAUUGCAAUUUUUAGUUUAGUUUUUGCAGGGGGAGGUUGCAAACAUGUGAUUAACCAUUUGUAUAUAAUAUGUUUAUUACACUAAUUAAGGCAAACAGAAGAAGUUUCACACUGAAAAAAUACUUUUAACUAUUUUUCCUAGAUCUUCAAACUUUAAAAUGGGUAAUUUUGAGCCAGAACAUAACAGGAGGGUUAAGGAGACACUAAUAGAGAGAAAUGCUGUGUAAUAAACUGCAUAAUACCACUGCCUUUACUACUGUUGUUGUUUUGAACAUCUACAUGUUUUUGUUGGUUUAGGAUGGAGAGGUCUGUGCAGAGUGUGAUAAUGCAAAUAUUCCACAAUGAAAGAUCCAGAUUCAGACCACUCUUUACCACUCUAACAAUAAUAAUUAAUUUCACGUGUAAAUCUCAGAUGUUUUGUUUACUGAUCAUUGUGGAUUACCACCAAGACUGAAGAAAUCCAGUGUGGGAUGUUUCUACAGUUCCUCAUUUCACACCAAACCCCAUUCUGAAUGACUAUCACUUAUAUUCCAAGUAUAAUCUGUAGAAUUCCUGUUCAAUACGGGCCAGCCAGUGUGUGUGUUUUUUUAACAAAAUUACAUUUCAUUUCAUUUGAACAAUAUUAAUCUUUCCCUCUGUGCCUUGUGUUCAGAGUCUGCACCAAUAUGCACUUUCUUUCCAUGUGUUUAAAGGAUGACUUAUUUAUUGUGUAUUAAAGAUACGUGAAGCUAUUUUACUACUGUCUGUGUGGUAAAGAUUGAUUAAAUUAUUGAGAGCA